AUGACGGGAAGUGGAUGUAAGCAAUGUAGAAAGAACACUUUCAGUGCUGUUGGUGCUUCUUCGUGUUCUGAUUGUCCUGAGGACAAGGUCUCAGCUGCCGGUUCUACAAAGUUUGACGACUGCGUUUAUGCUCCCUGCUCGGCUGGAAGCUACAUGACGGGAAGUGGAUGUAAGCAAUGUAGAAAGAACACUUUCAAAUUUGCUGGAGCUUCUUUCUGUUUUGAUUGUCCUGAGGACAAGGUCUCAGCUGCCGGAUCUACAAAGAUUGACGACUGCGUUUAUGCUCCCUGCUCGGCUGGAAGCUACAUGACGGGAAGUGGAUGUCAGCAAUGUGGAGAGAACACUUUCAGUGCUGCUGGAGUUUCUUCAUGUUCUGAUUGUCCUGAGGACAAGGUCUCAGCUGCCGGAUCUACAAAGAUUGACGACUGCAUAGAGUACCUAGCCCCAAGCUGCUUCACAAUGGGCUUACGAACAUCCGGGACUGUAUUAAGAGAAGUUAAUUACUCCUCGGAAGAAAACUGCAUGAACCUUUGUAUAAAAACGGCGGGCUGUAUGGCAGCGGUUACUAGUCCGUUAUCUUGGCGUAAAUCCUCAUGUUACGCUAUCGGAGACUACACUCUGUCCAGGGGCGGAGGUUGGGCCACAGCUGGAAGAAAAUGCUUCGACACAACUUCAACCGGCCUUGCUUCUGGAAUUAUUUGGACAAAGAAAUUAGGCAAAUUUCUGAGCCGUUACAGUGCUGGAACCGCCAAGUACAGUACUCUUUUGGUGGCUCAGGACGAAUGUCUCAAACGAUCUGAUUGUGGAGGUAUAACAUACGAAUCCUUCUCCAAAAAGUACUCUCUACGAAAAGGAACCGAAUUCAAGGAUAGUCCCUCCGGCCUCGAAAUCUCCUGGAUACAUGCUCAUCGAAAGUUGCGUCUUCCUAAGCUCAUUAAGAUCCUGUAA